AUGUUUGGCGCAUUCCGACCCUCGAUGCCCUCCAUGGGCGGUCUGCUCUGGAAGAACCCGUGGCGCCUCUCGCCGACGCGAAAGAUGCGGGUGCGACAGCGCCUCAAGAACGUCGACGAGGUCAUCGCCACCAUCCAGCAGAGCGGCGUCGAGUGCGGCGCCCUCACCCGCGCACUCGCACUGCCAAAGGAGAGCGAGAUGCUCCCAAAGGACAAGUACACCACCUUUAGCAAAAACGACCGCGGCUUCAGGAAGAGCGUGCACAAGGUGCCCAAAUGGACCAGGCUUACACUACGCGAGAACCCCGUCGGCUACUAG